AGCACCAGUCUACUACCAUGGGGAGCAAAGGCUCAAAAAAGGGGAGUGAGCCUAGAAACAGGGGAUUAUUUGCUAAUUAUAUGAGUCCAGAGAAAGCAGCUCAAGAGCAGGCACGAAGGCAAACAGAGCAUGCUCAAGAAACAGGUGCCCAAAUCAAUCUGGCAACACAUACUAAAAAGCGAGACGAAUUUAUGAAGGCUGGAACAUUAGAUGACAAACCUGCCAGCUUCAUUCCUUGGGUUGGAGAUGUGCUUGCAUCUAAAUUGGCGGACAAUGGAUUCACAAAGGCCGUGCAAGUAGUGGGCCAAUACAUGGCUUUGAAUAGAGAUAAGCACAAAUUCAAGGAGUGGAUCAAAUCAAUUGCUGACAAUGCCAAAGGUGAGGAAAUUUAUAACGCAGUGAAGGACUGGUGUGACAAACAUCUGAAAAUAUAACAUUUCAAAAUUGCAAAUGCUUUCUUCUGUGCGAUCCUCACCUGGUAUGGUUGGUCAUUCCACUGUGGAUCUGAGAGUGGAUGAAAUAACAAAUGGGACUAUCCUCUCAAUACGAAUCUUAAACGUUGGAGUAAUUUAUUCUUAAGAUAAAACAAGCAAAUAGCUGUGGUAUCAUUAAAAAUCUUGAUGACAUUGUGAUCUUGUACAUAAGUUCCACUGUUUGCCAAACAUUGUUAAUCAUACAUGUAGCUGUCCCAAGAAUAGACAAGUACUAGCUUUGGCAUUGAUGCAGUGUAAGUAGUCAUGUUACUUAAUGAAACAAAA